GUGAAUAGAAGAUUUCAAUGUCUAAGCAAAGUUUGGAUAGAUAGAUAUAAGGAGAUUAAGGGUAGGGAGGGCUAUGGUCCCGGUGCAGUUCCAUGGGAGUAGGCAGGUUAAAUGGUUCGGACUAGAUGGGCCGAAGGGUUUGUUUCUGUGCUAUGACUCUAAGACACAUAGUUGACAUGGUGAAGGCUGCUUGAGGAUUUUUCCGUCGAGCAUUACAUUAUUUAGGUUAAGAAACGCAGUAUGCUAACUUGUUGAGUUCGUGGGACAUUGUCGGGGCGUGUAUUUACUGCGUCUGAAUGUAAUACGACGAUAAUUACUGGGCGGCUUCGGAGGUAAACUCCCGAAUGAAGGGUGGUGUCGGGAAAGCCGUCUGGUAUGAUUUCAACUUCAGGCAUGAUUAAACAACGCCUCGGUGCAAAUUAAGCAAAUGGUGGACCGUCAGGAAGAAAUGGUGGUACAUAGCACAGACCCGGAACAUGACUGAGUUAACCUGAGAUCGGUGCUUGCUGUGGACUUCGACAAAGCAAAACUACCUUGUGACUGAGUGGUUCUGCUGAGCAUCCUCAUCAUGAACAACAGUGAGGAGCAGGUGACUGUAGUCACCCAGAGGUUGUCAACCCCCACCCGGAAUUCCAACAACUUGUUCAGGCCGGAUAUUCGGCAGGAUAGCUGGGAGAUUGUGGAAGGGCUUCGCGACAGUACCAGUGCUAUUCACGAACCAGAGAAGCAGGAAGGAUACAUGCUGAAGAAGAGGAAAUGGCCCCUGAAAGGCUGGCAUAAGCGAUAUUUCUUCUUGGAGAAAGGGAUCCUGAAGUAUGCAAAGGCCCAGGCUGACAUUCAGAAAGGAAAACUUCACGGCUGCAUUGACGUUGGGCUGUCUGUAAUGUCCAUCAAGAAGAAAGCAAAAUGUAUCGAUCUGGACACAGAAGAGCACAUAUAUCAUUUAAAGGUGAAGGUCCAGGAGUUUUUUGACGAGUGGGUAGCAAAGUUGCGUCACCACAGGCUGUACCGCCAGAACGAAAUUGCUAAGUUUCCCCAUGAUGUGACGAAUCACUUCUUCCCUGUCUCAUCUGCUACAGACUCUUCGAGCUCUUUGAACUCCCCUUUACAGAAGUUGAGGAGAGGAAGUUCAUGCAAACAGAUGUCAUUCCAGAUGAGCCCAGGUUUCCCUGUCAAUUAUUCUAACAGCCAGUCGAAGGUGGCAGCGUGGUUGCAAAGUUCCGAAGACAUAGACAAAUGCUCGAGAGAUCUUUCUCAAUGCCAAUCCAGUUUAACAGAAUUAGUGCAACUUUUGCAAAGCAUGGAAGUUAUCCACAGAACGUGCUCAGCACCGUCUAUUAAUGCUAUUCAGGGAUAUGUUUUUGAGAGUCCAAAGAAGGAAAAACGCAUUCAAAGAAGGUGGCGAACCAAAAGUUUUGGCAAAGAUGCUAAAUCAACAUUACAGGUUCCUUGCAUCUCUCCAAGCCCAAUGAGACUGCAUGCAUCAAACCCUAACUUGUCUGAGGUAUUCAAUGUAGAAACAAAAAACUUUUCAGAUGGUUCAGACUGGCCUUCAGAUUACUCAAAACUGCAAGAAGAUUUCUGCCAUAUUGCUCAAGAAGUUCAUUCCGCACUCAAGUCGGUGUACAAUUCGAUUGUCAUUGAGAGGGAGAAACUGAAGCUUUUGGUAUCAGAACAUGAUGCAUGCCACUCGCCAUCUGCACAGAUCAUUGCUCUGAAAACCGCCUUGAGCUCGGCUUUAGCUCAAAAUGCAGAGCUCAAAGGCCGGCUGUGCAGGAUCCAUGCUGAAUCAAGGCUGGUAGAUCCAGCUGUCACUCUCUUUUCAAGUCCAGGUUCAGUAAAGCAGCAAGACCUCACCCAAGUAAACAAUCCCCUGGUCCAUCAGCUGUCCAAUGAAAGCAGAGUCUCUCGAGCUGACUCUCUCUGUGAGUUCUUUGAUGCACAGGAAGUUUUGUUAUCUGCAAGCUCAUCGGAGAAUGAGGCUUCAGAUGAUGAAUCCUACGUCAGUGAUAUAAGUGACAAUACAUCAGAAGAAAACUUAAGCACUGAAGCAGAAGCUAUUGCUCAGACAAUAUAUCACUCUCAAAAUGGCGCAAGUCAGCCGAGUAGAAGAAGAUCAUGCCUGCCAGCUCCAGGACCAAAUAAUAGUAACAUAAGCCUUUGGAAUAUUCUAAGGAAUAAUAUAGGGAAAGACCUUUCCAAAGUCUCCAUGCCAGUUCAAUUGAAUGAGCCAUUGAACACACUCCAGCGCCUUUGUGAAGAACUGGAAUACAGUGAGCUGCUGGACACAGCUUCUCAGACAGAUGACCCGUUUGAAAGAAUGGCUUUCGUGGCAGCCUUUGCAGUUUCAGCAUAUGCAUCUUCAUACCACAGAGCUGGAAGUAAGCCGUUUAACCCAGUUCUAGGGGAGACGUACGAAUGCACGAGGAAAGAGAAGGGCUUCAGGUUCAUUGCUGAACAGGUCAGCCACCAUCCUCCAAUAUCUGCAUGUCAUGCUGAAUCAAAGAACUUUGCCUUCUGGCAAGAUGUGAGGUGGAAAAACAAGUUCUGGGGUAAAUCAAUGGAGAUUGUUCCAGUUGGCACAAUUCAUGUAACUCUUCCAACAUAUGGAGACCAUUAUGAGUGGAAUAAAGUAACUUCCUGUGUCCACAAUAUUCUCAGUGGACAGAGGUGGAUAGAACAUUAUGGAGAGAUUCUCAUUAAGAAUACAACGAAUAACACUUGCCAGUGCAAACUGACAUUUAUGAAGGCAAAAUACUGGAAUUCAAAUGUUAAUGAGGUUGAAGGGAUCAUAAUGAACCAAAACGGUGAGGUAGUAAAUCAACUCUUUGGGAGGUGGCAUGAAGGUAUAUACAGUGGAACACUCCCGUCAGCAACAUGCAUCUGGAGACCAAAUCCCAUGCCAAAAGACUUUGAGCAGUACUACGGUCUCACCAAAUUUUCACUGGGAUUAAAUGAGCUGGAACCUGAAGAAAGACCAUAUCUCCCACGGACUGACACGAGGUUUAGGCCUGAUCAAAGGUACCUAGAGGAAGGUAACAUAGAGGCUGCAGAAUCUCAAAAACAAAGAAUUGAACAAUUGCAAAGAGAAAGACGGAGAGUUCUUGAAGAAAAUAACAUGAAACAUCAACCUCGCUUCUUCAGGCACUCUCAGGAAGAUGGAAAGGAAAGGUGGGUGAGCACAAAUACCUAUUGGGAGCUUCGGAAAGAUCCAGGCUUCAACAAGAUUGAUGGUCCAAUACUCUGGUGACGCGUCAGUGCAGAUUCAUUCUGUUUUCUUUGUUUCAGGACUAUUAAACAUUAUUUAUUAGAUCUAUCUACCUAUCUAUUGAUCAUCUAUUAUCUUUAUAUGUAAUUGAUUAUUUAUUAUAUAUUUUUGAGUUACAAAAAAACAUAUCACAAUAGCUUGAUGCCUUAAAAUUGCCAGAACUGAAAUUCAUCAGAUUUUUGCUUCGAAUAUCAUUUCUGUACUGCAAGAUUUGGUUACUAACGGGACAUAACAAGAAUAGUGGGUGUAUAACAUCUGCAAAUGUACAAUGUUUUUGCUUGCAAAGAGAAUCAACAAAUAACUAUAUAAACUAGUAUCCUGUUAUGAAUUUGCAUCCUUUUUUAACUAUGGCACUGAAUGCUUCGAAAAUCAAUUUAAUUCAAAGCUUCUUGCAAUAAUAACACAUAUCCAUUGUACAUAAAGUAUGCUGUUUGUAGUUAACCUUGAGCAUAUAACAUACUAUGAUCUUACAAAACAAAAUCUUCAAUGAAAUUUACAAUAAAGAUUGUAGACCCCUGUUAUAGUGAGACCAAAGUAUUUAGCAUAAAACUGCAUUAACCGCAAGCUUUUCUAUCUAUCCUAUUAUUAUUUUCCUUCGCUCAUCUACGCAUCACCACUUUGCUAAGGAAUUUUGUGCUGGCUUGCAGAAGCCAGCUAAAAGGUAGCAAAGUGCAAAGAAUUUUGCCUUACCCAGAACUGUAGAUAGAUUCAAACUCACCACCGUCUAUAGAUAGGUCUGUGCCUACCCCGACAGAAUAUUUGUAAAAGGGUAGAAAUACACUAUUAUGUACGUUUCUUAUUACUAUUUGCUAAAUGCACAGUCAGCUCAACUCAAUUAUCCAUACUCUGAUUGGAUAAACAAAGAUAAUCACUUUACAGGUUCUUGAUUGUGUAUCAGAUCCCUAAUUUGCACUAUUGUUGCACAUUUUUUUUGUAAAGACGUUUCAGCAGAAAUAGGAAACUGAUCUGCUUUGUCACAAUCGCUUGUUUUAAUACCUGCAUAUUACUCACACAUGGAAUGGGCCUUUGGAAGUUAAUAAUGUGUAAUUCUAUUAAAAAUGUUCAAGAUUUUAUUGAACACUAUCUACCUCUUCUAAUAAAACAUAAUUGUAUUCCCUCAGCUUUUAAUACAGGAGCAACACUCACAAAAUCCUGGAGGAACACAGCAGGUCAGAGAGCAUCCAUGGGAAAGAAUAAACAGUUGAUGUUUCAGUCUGAGACCCUUCAUCACUGUUUAUCCUUGCUUCUUGAAUUUAAUCAGGGAGAACAUUAUUUGGCAGAGAUGAUGGGAACCUGAGAAAACAAAAAUGAAUCAAUUUUAGCUUGUUCCUUUACAUAUUGAAAGUCUAGACUAGGACUAGAAUAUAAAAGCAAGGAAGUAAUGUUGAAGCUUUAUAAGGCACUGGUGAGACCUCACUUGAAGUAUUGUGAACAGCUUUGGACCCAUUGUCUAAGAAAGGGUAUUGGACCUAUACUCACUGGAAUUCAGAAAAAUGAAGGGGAGACCUCAUUGAGACCUAUAAAACAUUGAAAGGCCUCAACAGAGUGGACAUGGAGAGGAUGUUUCCUAUGAUGGGGGAGUCUCAGACCAGAAGACACAGCCGUAGAAUAGAGGGACAUCCUUUUAGAACAGAGAAGAAGAGGAAUUUCUUUAGCCAGAGGGUGGUGAGUCUGUGGAAUUCUUUGCCAAAGGCAGCGGUUGAGGUCAAGUCAUUGGAUAUAUUUAAGGGAGAGGUUGAUAGAUUCGUCAGGGCAUGAAAGGUUACAGGGAGAAGGUAGGAGACUGGGGCUGAGAGGAAAAAGGAUCAGCCACGAUGAAAUGGGCUGAAUGGCCUAAUUCUGCUCUUGUAUCUUAUGGUGUUAAGCCCAUUAUGAAAAUCUGCUUCCCCAAUGGAGAAUUCCUAAAUGUUAUACAAUGGUAGUAACAGCAGAUAAACAGAAGUCCUGAUGGAGGGUCUCAACCCAAAACGUCAACUGUUUACUCAAUUCAUUAGAGGCUGCCUUACCAGCUGGGUUCCUCCUUCAUUUUGUGUGUGUCACUUUGGAUAUCCAACAUCUGCAGAACCUCUUAUGUCUUAAUACAGGAUUUUUUUUUCUUUUGCUUUAAACAGUAGCACUAGUAGGGGAAAAUGUGGAUGUUUCAAAAAGAAAUUAAGUUGUUUUUACACCACAGGAUCCCCAGAUGGGGUAACUGUCUUGAUUUGCAACAAGAGAAAAUCUGCAGGCACUGGAAAUCCAAGCAACACGCACAAAAUGCUGGAGGAACUAUCUUGAUUCGCUCUUUGGUUAUAACCUGAGUAGGAAUUUACCGUCAGCCCAGUAGAUGGCAUGUUAUUGCUCUUUGCCAUCUUGCCAGUGGUCAUGCCAAGGUUUAUCGACCAGGUUUCUAUUUCAAAUCUGGCUGGUUCAUUAUCCCUGGUUUCAAUGUUACUCCUUUUGCUUCCUCUCCGCAAACGAAGUCAAGGGGCCCCUUACGCAUGCAAUAUUAUCCAAAAGUGUUGUUGGCAACUGAGAUAUUUUACUGAGCAAUUGUUGAAUUGGGUCAAGUACCACGGUAGCCUGGCGGUUAGUGCGAUUCUAUUACAGCCCGCCGGCGUUGGAGUUCGCAGUUUAAUUCUGGCACCAUCUGUAAGGAACUUUACGUUCUCCUCAUGACCGCAUGGUUUCCUCCCACUGCCCAAAGAUCUACCGGUUAAUAGGUUAAUUGGUCAUUGUAACUUGUCCUGUGAUUGGGCUAGGGUUAAACAGUUGGGUUGCUGUUGGGCUGGAAGGGCCUGUUCUGUGCUGUCUCUCUAGAUAAAUAAAUACAAGUAUUGUAAGGGUGAUACAAUACAUUGAAGCUGCAAACAAAAAUAGAGUUAUUGGGAUGCAGUGGCUUUUAAUUCUGAAUUAGAUUUGAGUAUUUUAUUUCUUGUGAUUUGAGUAUUUUAAAAUAAUGUUGUUGAAGUGUAGCAUUUUCAGAAAAAUCUGAAGUUUAAAGAUACGAUGAACGACUUAAAAGGGGCUUGAAGUUGAUUGCUGUGUGUAUUGGUGCAAGUUAACUUUUGCAUCCUUUUCUAUUUACAAAAAUCCAGUGAGACUGCUUAUACCCAUUAUAUAUUGAGUUUAAUCACAGAUCACAGUGAUGCUGAGAAAACAAAAAGUGCAUCAAAUUUCACCUGUUACUUUGCAUAUUGAAAAUCCUUGUGAAAAUCUGCUUCCCAGAUGGAGAAUUCCUAAAUAUCAUACAACGUCAUCAGCAGCAGAUAAACCAAAGUCCUGCUGAAGGGUCUCGGCCCAAAACAUUGGCUGUUAAUUCAUUUCAUUAGAUGCUGCCUGGCCUACCGAGUGCCUCCAACAUUUUGUGAGUGUUGCUCUGGAUUUCCAGCAUCUGCAGAAUCUUUUGUGCUUAAGAUAAACAAAGGGCUUUGUUUUAAUUGUUCCUGAUAAACCUAUUUGUAGCGAGAAUCUCUCUGCAAUGUAUGGCAGCGAAACAUCCGUGCGCAGUGUAGAAAACAGCUGAGCUACCCCGUGGCUCCAGCAACCAGAUUUUGAUUCUGUUGUUUACCAUUUGCCCCUCUAGCCACGUUAGUGAGUGGUGAAUUUGCCACCAUAGUGUGGAUGAGUGGCAAGAGAAUGAAAUGAGUUUCAAUAGACAUGAGAGUGAGUAAAUGUGAUUGGUUAAUGCAAGUACAUUGGCCAUGCUGAAAUCAUUGUAUGGAUAGACAAUAGGUGCAGGAGUAGGCCAUUCGGCCCUUCGAGCCAGCACAGCCAUUCACUGUGAUCAUAGCUGAUCAUCCACAAUCCUUCUCCCCAUAUCCCUUCACUCUGCUAUCUCUAAGAGCUCUUUCCAACUCUUUCUUGAAAGCAUCCAGGGAAUUGGCCUCCACUGUCUUCUGAGGCAGAGCAUUCCACAGAUCCACAACUCUCUGGGUGAAAAAGUUUUUCUUCGACUCUGUUCUAAAUGGCCUACCCCUUAUUCUUAAACUGUGGCCUCUGAUUCUGGACUCACCCAUCAGCAGGAACAUGUUUCCUGCCUCUAGCGUGUCCAAUCUCUUAAUAAUAUACAGUGCUGUGCAAAAGUCUUAAGCACAUGCAGAGCUAGGGUGCCUAAGACCUUUGCACUGUACUGUAUUUGUCGAUGUGGAGCAGAGAGCGAGUUAGUAAAUCUGGUGGGAGCAAAAGAUGCUGGGAAUGGCGAGGGUGGGGGGUGUGGGACAGGUGGUAGGGAAGCAGUUCCAGGAGAGGGGGUGGUAUGGGUGAGUUGAGACACCAGGUGAGGUCAUUUGAUUCCAACAGUUGGUUUAUUGGUCAUUACAGAAAGUCUCUCUGGUGCUUCCCACAUCCUCCCCUCUCCCUCCACCUUUUCCCACCAUGAUUCCCCUCUCCUUGCCUCCUUCCCAUGCACUGUCCACAACAGAAACCCAGAAUCAGGGUUAUCAUCACUCAUAUAUGUUGUGAAAUUUGUAGGGUUUUUUUUUGCAGCAGUACAAUGUAAUAUAUAAAAUCACUACAGUACUGUGCAAAUGUCUUAGGCACCUUUGCUAUAUAUAUGAGCCUAAGAUUUUUGCACAGUACUGUAAUUGAGAAAUCUUUGACUUUUCAAAUGAUACAAUUAAUGUACGUAUUUAUGGAUUAAAAUUGUCCUGCACUACACAACAUUCAUUACACAAUAAAUAAAAGCCCUAUUACAAUUCUCCCGCAUACUGCUCUGUAUGCACUGAGAGAACUGAUCAUCUCCUCCUGGUACUAACUGGCCCUGAAUUUACAGCUGAGCAAAUGGGGCCAGAUCCAUCUUCUUCUGAUUUGGUUUAGUAUGAGAACUGGAGCUAGAAGCAGGAAUAGAUCAUUUGGCCUCUUAUUAAAGAGAUUUAAAAGUUAGCCUUUUAUUGUCAGGUACAUGGAAGUACACAGUGAAAUGUGUUGUUUGCAUCGAGGAUGUGCUUGGGAACGGCCUGCAGGUGCAAGUGCCCACAACUCCCUAACCCUAACCCUUGUGUGUUUGGACGCUGGGAGGAAACCAGAGCACCCGGAGGAAACACACGCGGUCACGCGGACUAUGUGCAAAUUUCUUACAGAUAGUGGUGGGAAUUGAACCCUGAUUUUACAGCUGGCACUGUAAAGUAUUACACUAACUGCUAUGUGAAUGUGUUGCCCCCAUUCUGUACGGACUGCACCAUUUAGAAAGUUAGUAGUUGAACUUUCCCUGAACUAACCCUGGAUAUACUUUCCUGCAUUAUCCCUCCACUCUCUGAAUCCUUUAAUAUGCAAUAAUUUAUCAAUCAGUCCUGAUUUUGCUCAGAGACAAAGCUUCCACAGUUGUCUUUGCCAGAGAAUUCCAAAUAUUCACCCCCUUUUUCUUUCAAGCACCUCAGACAUGAUAGCAUUCAUGCACCUACCCUGUUAACUCCAUAAGAACUUCUCACAUUUCAAAUCACCUCAUUCUUCCAAACUCUAGAGCGAAGGCAGAGUUUGCUGCACCUCGAUGCUCAGUUUUCCAGGUUCUAGGAUACUGCUGAAGAGCAGUUUGAUUUUCAUAGCUGCCACUGAGCAGAAUCUCAACUUCUCCAGGUCAUUGUAAUUCAGAACAGAAAGGCUGGAAAUGCCGGAGGAACUCAGGAAGUCAGGCAGCAUCUCCGGAAAGGAAUAAGCAGUCAGUGUUUCGAGCCAAGACCCUUCAACAGGACUGGAAAGGAAGGGAGAAGAAGGCAGAAUAAGAAGGUGGGGACAGGGGAAAGAAGGACUACAAGCUGGCAAGGGCCAUGUGAAACCAGGUGAAAGGUCAAGGGAUUAAGAAGACCUUAAGAUCAUAAGACAGGAGUAAAUUUAGGCCAUUCAGCCGAUUGAGUCUGCUCUGCUAUUCCAUGGCUGAUUUAUUAUCCAUCUCAAUUCCAUUCUCCUGCCUUCUCCCCAUAACUUUUGAGGCUCUUACUAAUCAAGAAUCUAUCAACUUCAACUUUAAAUAUAUCCAAAGGCUUUGGCCACCACAGCCACCUGUGGCAAUUCCACAGAUUCGUCUCCCCCUAGCUAAAGAAAUCCUCCUCAGCUUUGUUCUAAAGGGACGCCCUUCUAUUCUGAGGCUGUGCCUUCUGGUCCUAGGCUCCCCCACUAUAGGAAACAUCUUCUCCAUGUCCACUCUAUCCAGGACUUUAAAUAUUUGAUAAGUUUCAAUGAGAUCGCCCAGAGCAUGUACAAGAAGGAGGAGGAAUCUGAUAGGAGAGCAGAGUGGACCAUGGGAGAAAGGGGGAGGGACCCAGAAGGAGGUGAUGGGCAGGUGAGAAGAGAAGGAGUAAGAGGAGAGCUGGAAGGGGGAAUGGAAAAGAAGUUUAGGGCUGUCCAACCCCAGCAUUUUGUUCAUGUUUCUGUGGAUUUCCAGCAUCUGCAGAACCUCUAGUGGUUAGAACAGAAUGCUUGCUGUUUUUCAUUGGGAAGGUAUCAGCCUCUUUCCUGAUUGGUCAAAACCAGCCUUCCUUUUGCUCUAGAGUUUCCAUGUGUUGAGUCAUCACGUAUUUACUAAUAAGACUUUUCCCACACUUAAAUGAAAUAAAGCCAGAUUUUCCACUUUGCAGUAGUAAGUUUAUAAACACAAAGUUAGUUUUACAAUUGGCAAUGUGCACUCAGGGGCCAUUUCAUUAGGUACUGGAAUGGAACCUGGUGUGGCCUCCUUCUGCUGUGGCCCCCCACUUCAAAGUUUAACAUGUGCCUUCUGGGAAGCUCUCCUGCACACCACUGUUGUAAUGCACGGUCGUUUGAGUUACUGUCACCUUCCUGUCAGCUUGAACCAGUCUGGCCAUUCUCCUUUGACCUCUCAUUAAUAAGGCAUUUUUUCCCACAGUAUUUCCACUCACUGGAUGUUUUCUUUUUGCCUUUUGCACCAUUCUCUGUAAAUUCUAGACACUGUUGUGCAUGAAAAUCCCAGGAGAUCAGCAGUUUCUGAGAUACUCAAACCACCCUGCCAAUUAGUGAUUCCACAGUCAAAGUCACAACCCUUCCCCAUUCUGAUGCUCAGUCUGAACAACAACUGAACCUCUUGACUGUGUCCGCACACUUUUAUGCAUUGAAUUGUUGCCACAUGAUUGGUUGCUUAGGUAUUUGUCUUAACGAGCCGGUGUUCAGAUGUACCUAAUAAAGUGGCCACUGAGUUGUAGGUACAAGUGCAUUUUCUUGGAAAUUAGACAAAAGUAGUUUGACCUUGUUAUAUGAUUAGGUCAAGUCCAUGGCUAAAUUCAACUUCUGGUUACUGAUUUGUGAAUUAUUUGUUUCCUAUGAAUCCUGUGAAUUGAUACGUUUAGAAUCACUGAGUUUCCUUGGUACCUCCAUCCAUGAACUAACCAGCAGAGAUUGUACAUGGAGUCCAGUAGAAUAUUUUGUGAGUGAAGAAUAAAGCAAUUGCAAAGUUCAUUCUGUGCGUAUGCCACAGGUACAAUGUAACAAAAUAACAAUUAAGACAACAGUUAAAAUAAAAAAUACAUUACAUGCACAAGAUGCUGGAGAAACUCAGUAGAUCAAUCAAUAUCAAUGGGAGGGAAUUGGGGCUGAGACCCUUCAUAAAACAUGAUAGGUUUUAAUUAAUGAUUCAAUAUCUGCUGAAAUUUUAUUCAUGCUAAGACUGAAUAGCUGAACAAGAUCUUUUAAAAUUUUCUAACCAUUAAGCAUCUUUUUAAAAAAUUCAUUUAAAAUUCUGGUUAUUGUUCUUGGGUUAGCGUCACUUGUCCAGGGUGUGGAGAAUAUAGUCCCCCCCCAAAAAAAAAGUUAACUUUGUAACACAGUAUUAGUACCCGCAAUUUAUAAAAUUUGCAUUCAAAUGAACUCAGCAUUUUAAGUUAAAUGUGGUGAAUAUUAGACAGUUACUUUUACUGCUGUUUAUGAGGGAACAAAGCACUUUCUAAAGUUAACUGGCUGACUCCUGUGAAGCUAUUUAAUAUUUUGUGGUGGUUACAGUCAAAGGUAGUUAAGGUAAUCUGAACUGUAGACACACGUUCAAUCAGAUUUCAGUGCAAUGAUUGGGAAUAAGGUUUAGUCAGAUGUUGCAUUUCAUUAUUUCCAGAGUGCAUUUGGUUUUAGUAUUUGUAAAAGGAAUUCAAGUUUCCAAGUGUUUAAUAAUGUCAUAUGCAUUAUAUUGGCUGUUUUAAACAGACUGAUAUUUAAAUCUCAGUGUACAUGAGGAUAUUAUAAACUCUAUUUUAAUGCUGUAUAAUUGAUUUUAUUUGCGUAAAGUGGGGAUUUGUACAAUUCCACAGUUCAAAUUUCAGCAUUUGUUACUCAUUCACUCUGAGCAUCAUGAUGACCCGUUUGCACCUUUAUCUUUGUAAGGGAUUGGUGGUUUACACAGCAAUUCCAUUUCAAGGAAUUCAAGUCCAGAAUCUAAUGUAUUUUUAUGAUUGCAUCAUGUGUUUGUCAGAGACUGCUGCAAUUCACUGUAUACUCUAUCACACAAAUAAUAAAUUGGUUUGACUGAGAUCAUUGUGUUCUGUUUUAACAAAUAUUUCUUGCUUUUGGUGCUUUUCAUAAAAUAUAACAUGUCAAGUUGCCACUGACAUUUUCAGAAGAGCUUUAUGUGCCCUUUAAGAUGAUAUUGCAUGCUACUUUGACCAUUCAUUGCAACUUUAAAGAUGAACCAUGAACUCCAGGCCUCGGUGUGUCUGUAGAUGGGAGAACUGUCUGUGUGAGUGAUUGGGAGGACUGUCUGUGUCUGUGUGUGAUUGGGAGGGAGGAAAAGAGUUUG